GAAGCCAUGGCUGGAUUUGAGGGAACAAGGAGGGCAGAGCAAAGUCUGAGCCACAGAGGCAGGAGGAGAAAGCGGUCCGGAUCUGCUUUGAUUGAAUUCCAGAAAAACAGUUUCUGAAGCAGUGCUCAGUGGAGUUUCCAGGGUUUCCUGCAAAAAAGUGGCUCAGUUUUACUUUUGAGGACUGCAUAGGAACUGGACACAAGGAUGUCACGGCUAACACUGCUGUUCUACAUUUUUGCUUUUGUCCUCUCUGUCAAAGUUGCUGCUCUGAACCCAGUGGAGGAGAAAGAAGCUCUGGAGUAUCUGCUGCAGUUUGGAUACUUACAGAAGCCACUAGAAGAGCCCACAGAUGGUUUCACAGAAGAGGAGAUUAUCGAUGCCACAAGGUCCUUCCAGCUUGCAUCUGGACUGCCUGUCACUGGGCAGGUGGAUGAGGCCACUCUCUCCCAGAUGCGACAGCCUCGCUGUGGUGUGGAAGACCCUUUCAAUGAAAGAACCCUCAAAUAUUUGCUCUUGGGUCGCUGGCGCAAGAGGCACCUGACCUACCGGAUCUACAGCCACAGUGAGGACUUAGGGGCUGCGGCCACACGCACAGCUAUCCAGAAAGCGUUUAAGUACUGGAGUGAUGUGACGCGGCUCACCUUCCAGGAGGUGCGGACUGGCCGGGCCGACAUCCGCCUCUCCUUCCACGGUUCUUCUCCUUGGGGCUGCUCCCAGCGCUUCGAUGGGCCUGGACAUGUGCUGGCUCAUGCGGAUAUCCCUGAGUUAGGCACAGUUCACUUUGAUUCGGAUGAGCAGUGGACGGAGGGGACUUCACGAGGUGUCAACCUGCGUAUCAUUGCUACCCACGAGAUUGGCCAUGCCCUGGGACUGGGUCAUUCCCGGCAGCCAGCUGCACUCAUGGCACCCACCUACAGUGGCUUUCGGCCGCGCUUCCGGCUGCACCCUGAUGACAUUGCAGGCAUCCAGGCCCUCUACGGCAAGAAGACGAUACCAACAACAGCAACGGUGACCUCCCCGGCCCUGACUUCUGCCUCUGCUGUCUCAUGGAGACCUAGUAAAGUUCCCAAUCCAUGCAAAGAUGGGCUGGAUGCUAUCAUGCUGGGACCACACGACAAGACUUAUGCUUUCCGUGGUGAUUAUGUAUGGACGGUGACAGACUUUGGAACCAACCCACCUAUGAAGAUCUCGGCGCUAUGGAAGGGGCUGCCGGGGUGGCUCGAUGCUGCUGUGCAUUCUCCCCGUACUGGGCGCACCUACUUCUUCAAAGGUAGUAAGCUUUGGCGUUAUCAGGGAUUCAAGCUGGAGUCUGGCUACCCCAAACCCCUCACCCGUAUCCCUCCCAAGAUAGAUGCUGCCUUCUAUUGGCCAAGAAACAAGAAGAUCUUCAUCUUUAAGGGCACUGGCUACUGGCAAUGGGAUGAACUGGGCCUCAGCCACUUCACCACUAUACCCAAGAAAAUUUCCAGCCUCUUCACAGGAGCUCCUUCCCACCUGGACGCUGCAUUCACCUGGGAGAACGGCAAGCUCUAUUUUUUCAAAGGAGAGAGCUACUGGCGGCUUAAUGACCAGCUGCGAGUCGAGAGGGGCUACCCACUGAACACAGCUGAACGCUGGAUGCACUGCUAACACUGGAACACCAGCCCCAGUUACUUGUUGAAGUGGCCAGUAAGACUGUGUUUUAGAGACCCAACAGCGACACCUGCCGGUGGCACACAGGAGCAACAAUUCCUCUGCAAAGGUCCAAGUUUGGUUCAGGAGGGGAGAGGAUAAUUGACAACUUGUAACCCUUCUCCUCUGUUCCUGCUGGACCCUGCUCCACAGACACAUUUGCUUUUAUGUUUAUGGGAGUCCAUAAACAUCCUAUUUACCUUGGCAUCAGCAUGAGCAGCGGAAGGGGCUAGCCCAGUUUCAGGACACAGUUCUUCGAGGCGGGUAGGGUGGGACGGAUCAGGAACUUCUCUUGAUCUAAGACAACAGAAAUAGUCUAUGGCUGGAGACACAUGGCUGCUUUGAAGGGGGUUAAAGUGGAUGUUCAGAGGCUUCCUUGUCUGCAAUGCUCAUCCCACUGUUGUCUGCCCAAAGAGGUUUGCAGGGUUUAGUAGCAGAACACUUGACUGCUUGCUUUUCCUUGUAUCUCCAUCAGUAAAAGGGCAGGGCAUUUUCUUUUCUUUUCUUUUUAAAUUAAGGCUGAAACUUCAGGGAAAGUGCCUGGAAUACCCCAGAAGAGGCCAGGACCUUGUACCACCACAGACACACAUUUGUUAUUGCUAGUACAGAGCCAGAAGGUUAUUACUGAUUGUAUGCAAUCAUGUUCAAUCAUUCAUGUGAUCUCACGUAUCUGGCAAUAUGAGUGAAGGCUCUAAUCCAGAGGAUUCGAAUAUAUGUGAGUGCUGACGGCAGUUAUGCCAGAUUUAUUCAGUAUUAAAAAAGAUAUAGUCUUA